AUGACAUCUUCUGCCAAUCCUUCGUCCCAUGGGUCGGAGAAGCCGGCGCCUCUUACGAAUAACAGCAGGCCGUCUUCUGUUAUGACAACUGAUCCACCGCCAGAUGAUGCAUUCAAGCUUGAUCGACGAGGUGUACUCGUGUUUUUUACUUUGGCUGUGCUCACAUUGAUGGCGGCUUUGGAUGGGACUUCCCUUUCAGUAGCUUUACCGACUAUCUCCCAACAACUAAAUGGAACUGCGAUCGAGGCCUUCUGGAGUGGAACUUCCUUCUUACUAAGCUCUACAGUAUUCCAACCAAGCUUCGCAUCUCUCUCCAACAUCUUCGGCCGCCGCCCAAUGGUCCUAAUCGCGAUUCUCUUCUUCUGUGUUGGCGCAAUCGUCUCUGCAGUUGCGAAGAACUUCACAUAUAUGCUCGUGGGCAGGACUAUCCAAGGAGUGGGCGGCGGUGGUAUCAUUGCCUUAGGUGAAGUAAUCAUCACCGAUAUCGUGCCACUGCGGUAUCGUGGACAAUACUUUGGAAUUAUGAGCGCGAUGUGGAGUCUUGGAUCAGUCACCGGUCCUAUUCUUGGUGGAGGAUUUGCCGAGAAUGUGACUUGGCGCUGGAUCUUCUACAUCAACUUUCCCUUCAUCGCCUUCGGAGCGGUCUUCGUCUGCCUUUUCUUGAACCUUAAGGUUCUACCUGGCUCUCUAGUCGAGAAAAUCCGCCAAAUUGACUACAUCGGAACGAUUCUGUUCGUCGGAAGUCUCUCAUCAUUCCUUAUCCCAAUCACCUGGGGCGGUGUCUCUUACGCAUGGAGCUCGUGGCACACACUCGUCCCUUUGAUCAUCGGCGCAGUAGGACUCCUGGUCUUCGCAUUUUAUGAAUACCGUUUCGCUUCCGACCCGAUCAUCCCGCCUCGGGUCUUCGUUAACCGCACAGCAACGGUUUCUUUCAUUGGAAGUGUCCUUCAAGGUCUGAUUCUGUGGUGCACGCUCUACUACCUACCACUCUAUUACGAAGCUGUUAAGGAAUUCAGUCCCGUCCUCUCGGGCGUCGCUCUUUUCCCUGAGACGUUUACCGUUGCACCCAGUGCGAUGGUUGUUGGUAUCUUGAUCACUAUUACGGGACGCUACCGCUGGGCUAUCUGGCUAGGCUGGACUGUGUCGACCAUUGGACUGGGUUUGAUGUGGUUGAUUAAGGUGGAGACGAGUACCUAUGGCUGGAUUCUGCUGAACGUCGUCCCGGGAUUAGGACUUGGGGUCCUGUUCCCGUCGCUCGGGUACGCAGUCCAGGCAUCUGCUGAGCCGGAUCACCUGGCUAUCGCCGUUGCUAUGUUCAGCUUCUUCCGCGCUUUGGGACAGGCUAUUGGAGUCGCGGUUGGUGGUGUUAUCUUCCAGAAUCAGAUGUACAAGAAUCUGCUGAAGUAUCCCGCUCUUGCGCCGAUGGCUAGCACUUACAGUCAGGAUGCAUCGGGAUUGGUGCAGGUGAUCAAAAAUAUGGCUGACGGUGCAACAAAGUUGGAUUUGAAGGAGGCUUAUACGGACAGUCUGCGCAUUGUCUGGGUGGUCUGCUGUGCUAUCUCCGGGGUGGCUUUGCUAUUCAGUUUGUUGACUGAGUCUUAUGACCUGGACAAGGCCCUCCAGACUUCCCAGGGUCUACGCGAUGGCAAGGACAAUCUUGAAAGCGAGAAAGAUGUUGAGGCUCGUGCCGACCAGGGCACGCAGCAGGGCAAUCCGUUGGCAUGGUAA